GCCACCAAUCUGUUUAUAUUUUCUGAGCAAGGAGAGAGGGUGAAAGGAGAGAAGAAAGAGACCUGAUUGAUUGAAAACAAUGAAAUAAAUAAAGCUUUCGUCCCUCUCCCUCUCCCUCUCCCUCUCCCUCUCCCUCUCCAGCUUUCUCAUUCAGAAACGAAUACAUCUAAUUCACUCCUUUCCGAUUUCCCCCUUGCUUCAAUAUCCUAUAUCUUCCGUAAUUACGACCCAACAAGAUCCUAUGAAUUGAAUUGAUCCGAACCGAAUCGAAAUGGAAAAUUUUGGUGGGAAAAAGAGACCCGCCAUCAAUCUCAACCUGUUCACCAGUUUUUCCCCAACGAAAUCCACAAGGAACUUCCAAGACGGUGUGGUUGGGCUAGGCAUAGUAGCGGCUAUGACUGAUGAAACCUAUACUCGUCAGCCUAUUUGCUUUGCUCCGUCGCCGAGAUCCGCCACCUCCGUGCCUGUAGUUCCAUCUGUUCAAGCAGCACCCAAUUCCCGAGGUGGCUUUAGUUUGGAGAAUUCCGGUGAAUUAUCUCAGAACCCCGAUUGUGUUAUUUCUCAUUCCGGCGAUAAUAGCAAAGGUUGCAGGGCUUUCACUUCUUCUUCUUCGGUUAUGGGUCAAUUCAAGAGGGAGUUUUGGGGUGAUGACUUUCUGGCUUAUUGUCAUCUUUGCAGGAAGGAACUCCUUGGUUUGGAUAUUUUCAUGUACAGAGGGGAGAAGGCAUUUUGCAGUGAUGAGUGCCGUGACAAGCAAAUUACAAAGGAUAAUAAUCACAAACAAACAUGUAGGGCCGAAGACAGGAAGAAACCACUCUCUGAGUCUGCACCCCACUGUUCUGGCCCGCAGGUGUUGUUCACCGUGGUUGCUGCCGCAUAGACUAUUACUUAAUCAUUACUUAUACAUGAUACAUAAUUAAAUGGACAAAUAAAUGAAAGGAAAGAAGAUGGCAACAUGCAGGUGCAACUGCAGAAUUUUGGUAGGAUUUUGAGUUUCAGUUUCAGCAUCUGAGUGGAACAAGAACCAUAUGAUAUUUCCUUUUCCUUUUGGCCUUCAGAAUCUCAAGGCUUUUCAGCUUAUUGUAUAUAAGAAAAUGUUAGCAUAUUUAUAUGUAUUAUUAUGAAGAGUUCAGAUGCUA